CUGAACUCCAGGGACUGGCCCCAAAUCUCCCAGUGGCUUCAUGGCUGUGUGGGGGUUAGAAUCCAACAUGAUGCCCCAGUUCCUCUUUAACCCCCCUCCCUUUCCUUCCUUCAUGCUCCCCACUCCCUCCCCUUCCUUUUAAAAAAAUAAUUCCGUUUCUAGCUUGCCUUUUCCUCCUUCUGCAACCUAAGGUGCCUUAAAUAGCCUUCCUCCUCAACCCUGUGAGUCGGGUUCACCCAGCUUCAUGUCUGAGCGGGGACUCAGUCUUGGGCCUCCUGGGCCCCGGUCCAGCAGUCCAACCACUGAGACACACUAGGCUUCAGCAAAUAAAGAUAUUUUUAGGUCCAUUCAUGCCAUCAUUCAGAGCACAUUUUUCAUGAGAAAGAGAAUUGAGUUCAUAUUCUGAAAAAAGAGGAUUCAGUUCAUAUUUUAUCUGUAGAUCUAGGUGUAACUACUGGCAGGAGAAUAAAGUGGACACCAGCUGUGAAUUCAACCAUAACACACGUCCUUCAUACAGAGGACCUAAUAGCCACUUGUCUUGCAGUCCUGUCUGCUAUUUCUGCUUCUGAGAUCAUAACCCGUUUUAAUACUCUGACUGAUAGAUUUCAGGAUUAACAGGAUGAAUAAUGGCCCAAGGAAAACUCAAAGCAUCUUUCAUUUGGUUCGAUAAUGAGUGUCAACAGGCUAAAAGAGUUGGUGAGACUCUAUCAUAAACAUAAAUACCCAAAUUCAGAUCUUUUGACUAAUAAAUAUGUCUCCUUUAGGCAAAAUAUAAACUAUAAAAGUAUAAAGGCAAAAGUAUAAAGAUGAAAAAAACCGAUAACAAUCUGAAGACUGUUUUAUUCCAAUUAUUGCUUGCUAGUUGCGAAGUUGUGUCCGACCCAUCAUGACUCCGUGAACAACACUCCUCCAGGCGUUCCUGUCCUCCACCAUCCCUCAGAGUCCCCGCAAGCCCACACCCGCCUCCUCAGUGACUCCAUCCAGCCACCUCAUCCUCUGCGUCCCCUUCUCCUUUUGCCGUUAAUCGUUCCCAGCAUCAGGGUCUCCUCCAGGGAGUCCUUUCUGCUUAUUAGAUGAUUCCAAGUAUUAGGUCACACUUUUAUCCCGUAAUUCCUCCAAGAAACCCAAAGCAGCAUUCAGUGGUCUUCCCCACCACCCUGCAAAUGGUGUGGCCCCAGCACAACUCAGAUUCUCAAGUCUACUUUGGCACCUUGAAAGGAGUAUUUUUCCCUGACAUUGGUGAUUAUUGACCUGAACCAUCUUCAACAGAGGCAUAAACCAUCAGGCUUGCUUCUCUAGGCAUAUACUGUCAGGAUGGAUGCUGCCGGGCGCCCUUCAACAGGCCAGGUUAUUCUCCUGGCAACCAGCUCAGCUGUCACUGCAAUUCUGUAUGCCAUUUACAGACACAAGUCAAAGGUGGUGCACAGCCUGAAGGGAGCCAAGAAAGUCUCCCUGGACCAGGACUUGAAGAGCAUCCUUAUGGAAGCACCAGGGAAGUGUAUUCCCUACGCGGUGAUUGAAGGUGUGGUGCAGUCCGUCAAGGAGACGCUCAGCAGCCAGUUUGUGGAGAACUGCAAGGGAGUGGUUCAGAGGCUGACCCUGCAGGAGCACAAGAUGGUGUGGAACCGCACCACCCACCUCUGGAAUGACUUUGAAAAGAUCAUCCACCAGAGAACCAACGUGGCGACUUUUGAUUUGGUGCCCCAGGAAGGAGGAGCGGGUGUCUCCGUGAGGGUGCUGAAGCCCCUGGAUGCCACGGAACUCAGCUUGGAGACGGUGUAUGAAAAAUUCCACCCCUCCGUACAGUCCUUCACGGACGUGAUUGGCCACUACAUCAGCGGCGAGAGGCCUAAAGGCAUCCGGGAGACGGAGCAGAUGCUGCGGGUGGGGGCCGUGCUCACCGGGGUGGGGGAGCUGGUCCUGGACGAUCACGCCGUCAGGCUGCAGCCCCCCAAGCAGGGCCUGCAUUACUACCUCAGCAGCCUGGACUUCGACUCCCUGCUCCAGAAGCAGGAGUCCAGCGUCCGGCUCUGGAAGAUCCUGACCGUCGUCUUCGGCAUGGCCACCUGCGCCGUGCUCUUCUUCAUCCUGCAAAAGCAGUACCGCCGGCACCAGGAGAAGCGCCGCCUGCGCCAGAUGCAGGAGACGGUCGCGGCGGCGGGGGACGCGGCCAACACCUGCGUCAUCUGCCUGAGCAACGGCCGCUCGUGCGUCUUCCUGGAGUGCGGGCACGUGUGCUCCUGUGACAAGUGCUACCAAGCGCUGCCGAGGCCCCCCCACUGCCCCAUCUGCAGGCAGCAGAUCGCCAGAGUCGUGCCUCUGUAUAACAGCUGAGUUGCGGCGGCUCCUCGUCAGCGCGGGUCCUUUCGGGGGUGCGGCCGGAGCCCUGCGCGCAGUAGAGACAGAGCCGAGCCGUGUCGCUUCGAGGGGCAAACGAGGAUCCAAAACGUUUGACAGUCACUGUGCCUUUGGAACUGGACCGCUCGCCCUCGCUUUGGAUAGUAUCCCUGAAUGAAGGUUCCUCUCCACGGAGAAUUCACAUGUGCACAGCUGUGUGUGGUGUCUAACUCAGCCUUCCCCAGCUAGACACUCUCCAGGUGUGUGGGACUACAGCUCCGAUAAACCCCCAGCUGGGGGAUUUUGGAAGUUGUAUUCCAACACCACUAGAGGGCACCUGGUUGGGGAAAGGUUGCGCAAACCAGUCUGCGUAUUUUUCCUGUAUGAGAACAAGCAGGAUCAUGUUUCUAGAUUAGCCUGUUUCUUUGAGUUACCGUUUGCUAGUGCUGCACGGGUUCUGCCCUAAAAACAGUUAAAGAUCUCAGUUCUCUCCUAAGAGACUCCAAAUUUAGCGCCCUGAAUAAAAUCAUCUUGCGUUGCUUCACCUUUAA